CCUAGUGCCUUCUGCCUGCGAAGCCGCGGUGUUUUAGUUAGUAUUUGACAUGGCUCCUCCGUGUACCUUGGAGCUUGUGAGCAAGACAGAAUGUCCUCCUUAUGCUCUUACCUGCGUCGGAGACAGAUAUGUCAUUGUUGGUGGAGGCGGUGGAUUUGCAAAAACUGGUAUCAAGAAUAAGUUCGUAGUUUAUCAACUUUAUCACAUGGGAAAACAAACGACAGCUCGGUGUGUUCUAUCCCAUGACGUUGGUGAUUACUGCAUCAGCAACAUGACAGCAUGGGUAGAUGAAGAACGAACAGCUAAAGUCACAGAUAAUAGAACAAAUGAAAAAAAUCAUGGCUACACAACACCUUGUCCUACAAUAAACUUGGCUUAUGGCUGCGAGGAGUCCUGUGUGAUUGUGCAGCUCACUCCAAAACUAGUCACAGAAAAUAAUGCCAAAGAUCAGAUUACUUCAGCUCAGCAGGGAGCUGAUGCAGGAGUACGGAACAGGAAGCCCCAAGCAGACAAGAGCACCAGCAGGAGCAGCUCAGAGAAUAACAAGGCCAGCAAGAAUGGCAUAGUGCGGCUACCAACUUACUACACAUUCACCGUCAUGGAGCUCUGUAGAUUUACCUCUGUUUUUAGUCGCCCACCGUCGAGCACAUCACCUGGGCUGGUCGCCGCGCCGGGCGUGCUGCUCAAGGAAGACGUGUACCAGAAGACGUGCCGCGUGACGCGCGACUGCAGUAAGCUCGUCACGGGCGGCACGGACGGACGUGUGCGCGUCUGGUCCUGCUUGCAGCGGCCGCCUAAACUCCUGCUCGACAUUGACGCUCACCUCAAGGAAGUCGAUCAACUGGACGUAUCUCCUGACGGGUCCCACGUGGUGAGCGUGUGCAAGGGACAGCGCGAGUGCUGCGUCUGGAGCUGCUCUUCAGGCAAGAAGGUCGCCGCGCUCGGCCUCGACACUGCAGGACUCAAGUAUAAGUUUGCAUGGGCCAGGUUUGGCUGUGUGGAAAACAACAUCAAAAACACGCGGUUGUUCACGAUCAGCAACCCCGUGGUGGGCACGAAGCAUCCUGGCAUCGUGUGUAAGUGGAGUGACAAGCAAUAUGCAUUGGAGCGACGCCAGUCACUGGACGGUGUACUCAGCAACCUGGCCGUCAGCAGUGACGGCCGCUACCUUGCAACAGGCACCAUGGACGGCGACCUCAUCAUUAUGAUAGCCUUCAGCCUGCAGGUGCUUCAGCGGCUGCCUGACGCCCACUCAAUGUUCGUGACCGGUCUUGAAUGGCUGCCCGAUGGCAGUCGCACCUCAUGCAUCGUCAGGGGUUUCUCUGACGCCUCGGUGCUCUCUGUGUCGUGCGACAACGCCAUGAAGAUCGCGCAUGUUCCCUCCGUCACUAUGGCCCCCGUGUGGCUGGUGGCUAUACUCUCUGCCGUCGUGUUGUGUGCUACCUUUGUUAUCGCUUCUUACCUCGGACUCUGAAGCUUCCAUUUAUUGUUUUUGUUGCUAUUUAUGAUAGGUUUUUGAGAAGGAUGUUAUUCUACGUUUUGGUCUAUGGUUGUACUUCCUUGAACUCAGAUUUCUCAGUUGGUCCAGGCAUUUGAUUUUUUCACUACCUGUUAGGCUAAAAAAGUAAAAUUUAUUCCACUUAUCUGUUGCUGCUGAAAACGGGGAAGCUUGUAAUGCCUGAUGACGCUCAAGUGCGGAGCUCAUUUCCACUCUAGAAGGCAAUCAUUGGCACAAUAUUUUAUCAGAGCGUUCGUUUAAAGAGCACCAAAGUGGGCAUUUUCGUUGAUUAUGAUUAACUGUGUCGACAACGUACGGAAAUUCUGAAUUAAUAUACCGCGAAAAAAUGCUCCUGUGCCCGUAGUUUUUUUUUAAUAUUGAGCUUUUCUUCCAGUCAUCGGAGUAGUUAGUUAGUUAG